AUGGCAUCACCCGCUCUUAACCGCCUAAAAGCCCAUAAAGCACCAGUCCUCUCUCUCGCGUUUGCCCCGUCGUCCUCUGACACUGUCGCAUCUUCAUCAGAAGACUGCACUCUCCGCUUAUGGGAUCUACGAACAGAGAAACCUGUUAAGGCGUGGUUGCCUAAUACAUUUGGCGCCGAUACCGUUACGAGUAUCGUAUGGUCGGAGAGGGAUGAGGGAAGUAUUUGGGUGGGCUGUGGGACUAGGGUAUUAGGGUUGGAUGUUAGGGGAGGCAGUGGGAUGUUGGGCGGGAAGCCAGUUGUAGAGAAGGAGGUUGCAGGGGAUGAGAUUAAUCAGAUCGCGCUACAUGGUGAUUUGAUCGCUGCGGCAGAUGACCUCGGCGAUAUCUACGUCUGGGAUACGAAAGCUGACACAGUGUCCUCAAUGAAAACAAAUCACACCUCCAUCGCCUCAACCCUCCUCUUCAUCCCUCACAAACCAACACCAACAAUUCUCUCCGGUGGUCUUGAUUCACAAAUCAUGCACUGGGACCUCACCCGGAAACUCCCAAAAUCAAAUCUAAACAUCCGGGAUCUCAUUGUGGAGGCAGCGGAGGGGGAUGCAUCCGGACAGAUGUUUAACCCCCCGUUCGUUAACUCGCUGAGUUUGAAUGAGGAGGGGAAGGUGUGGGCUGCUGCCGUGGGGGAUGGGAGUGUAUUUGUUGGGAGGCAAGGGCAGGAUGAUGGAGCGAGAGGCGGGAAGAAAAGGAAGUGGAAUGAGGAGGCAUGGGAGAUCACGGCUCUGGGCGGAGAACCGCACAGAGCGGGCGCGAGCGUGGUUGAAUGGGCAAAAUUCGAUCCUACGCGACUUGUUAGUGGAGGGAACGAUGGAUCUGUACGGAUAUGGGAUGCGUCCCGGGCAUUCGAACAGGGAGAACAGGAGGAGGAGGGUGCGACGGCGUUGGUCGAGACACUGGAAUUGGGAGAGGGGAAGAAGGUCAAUUGGUUGACUACGACUGAACGAAGUGGAAAGGGGAGAGUUGUUAUCGCGGAUACGAGUGGGGAUAUCUUGCUUUAUGAUCUUCGGGGGUGA